CCACAUGCGAGCGGGCGCCUGGCGGCGGCGGCGGCGGCGGCGGCGGCAAAAUCGGCAGCGGCGGCCACGACGCGGACGCGCCUGCAGCCCGAGCGGGAGCGGCGGCAGCUCCGGCAACAGCAGCCGCCACUGCAGUUAGAGCAGCAGUAGCAGCAGCCGCAGCAGCAGCCGCAGCAGCAAGCAGCAGCAGCAGCAGCCGCCGCAGCGAGCGGCGCUCGGCGGGCGCGUCCUCCUGAAGGAAGCCGCCCGCCCCCCAUCACCGCCCCCUCCGGCGUGUUCAUGCCCCCGGGGCCCCAGGGAGCGCCAUGGCCCGAGCACGCCAGGAGGGCAGCUCCCCGGAGCCCGUAGAGGGCCUGGCCCGCGACGGCCCGCGCCCCUUUCCCCUGAGCCGCCUGGUGCCCUCGGCCGUGUCCUGCGGCCUCUGUGAGCCCGGCCUGCCCGCCGCCCCCGCCGCCCCCGCCCUGCUGCCCGCCGCCUACCUCUGCGCCCCCACCGCCCCGCCCGCCGUCACCGCCGCCCUGGGGGGCCCCCGCUGGCCUGGGGGUCCCCGCAGCCGGCCCCGAGGCCCGCGCCCCGACGGUCCUCAGCCCUCACUCUCGCCGGCGGAGCAGCACCUGGAAUCGCCGGUGCCCAGCGCCCCGGGGGCCCUGGCGGGCGGCCCCACCCAGGCAGCCCCGGGAGUCCGGGGGGAGGAGGAGCAGUGGGCCCGGGAGAUCGGGGCCCAGCUGCGGCGGAUGGCGGACGACCUCAACGCGCUGUACGAGCGGCGGAGACAAGAAGAGCAGCAGCGACACCGCCCCUCACCCUGGAGGGUCCUGUACAAUCUCAUCAUGGGACUCCUGCCCUUACCCAGGGCCCGCGGAGCCCCGGAGAUGGAGCCCAAUUAGGUGCCUGCACCCGCCCGGGGGACGUCGGGGCCUCGGGGGGCAGGACCCCCCCACCUCCUGACGGCCUGGCCAGCGCGGGGGACUUCUUCUGCACCAUGUA